AUGCCCAUCUCCGCAUCCCCUGGCGACCCCGGGUCCACCCUCGGCGUGCACUAUCCCGAACGUGGGGAAGCCGACGUCUCCACGCUCCGUGGAACGGGAAACCCGAGCGCCCAAUCCCUUCAACCUGCAUUCCUCUUGCUCGGCUAUGACCAGGGUGUGAUGAGUGGUUUGGUGGGAGCAGACAACAGAUUUGGUCGUGAUUUUGGCCAUCCAGAUGCCAAUUUGCAAGGUGACAUCGUCGCCCUCUAUGACAUUGGUUGUAUCAUUGGUUCAAUUCUGGUUUUCUUCAUUGGUGAACGGUACGGUCGACGCUGGAUGUUGAUGGCCGGUGGCACAGUCAUGAUUAUUGGAACUAUCAUUCUAGCUUCUUCGAGCACGGUGGCUCAACUUAUUGUUGGCCGUAUUGUUACAGGCGUAGGCAAUGGAAUGAAUAGCAGUACAGCUCCUGUCUAUCAGAGUGAAAGUGCACCAUCCGACAUCCGAGGAACACUUCUCACGCUACAGGGAACUAUGACAAUCCUCGGUCUCUGCAUCGCUUAUUGGCUCGAUUAUGGUACCAGUUUCACCGAUUCCUCCCUGCAAUGGCGGCUACCCUUGGCAUUCCAAGCAUUUUUCGCUGUCUGCCUGGUCCUCCAAGUGGUCGGACUUCCAGAAACACCACGAUGGCUCAUGAAAAAUGACCGAUACGAAGAAGCUCGGGAUGUUGUUGCCGCUAUCAACGACGCCUCGCUGGACGAUCCAAUCGUCAUCCAGACUCUGGCAGACAUCGAGAAGGCUGUUCACGAAGAUAUCCAAGGGAAUGAAGUCGGCUGGCGCGACUUCUUCACCCAUGGAAAACUUCAAAACUGGCGUCGACUGCUCUUGAUUAUCUUCAUUGAAAUCAUGCAGCAGUUUACUGGUUCGAACAUGAUUAAUUACUACGCCCCUACCGUUUAUACAGAUGCCCUUCAUAUGGGGAGAAACAUGUCUAUGAUUCUAUCGGGCUGCACCUCCCUCGCAUACCUCGUCGGAUCUGCCCUUCCUUUGUUGAUGAUGGAUAAGUUUGGUCGCCGUAUCCUACUCAUGGUAUCUGCAGCCGGACUUUGCCUCUGCUUUGUUAUGGUUGCUAUCCUCCUAUCUAUUGGCAAGACACAAGACGCCUACGGUGCAACUGCUUUCAUAUUCUUGUUCCAAAUCUUCUAUGGUCUUGGAUGGUUGCCUGUCCCCUGGUUCUACCCGUCAGAGAUUAGUACGACAUCUCUUCGAUCCAAAAAUGCUGCUAUUGCAUCUGCAUUUAACUGGCUUUCCGUCUUUGCGGUGGUCAAGAUUACACCCAUUGCAAUUCAAAACAUCGGCUGGCGUGUCUUUGUGAGUUUCGCUGUGCUCAACUUUCUCUGGAUUCCAAUUGUCUACUUUUUCUACCCAGAAACAAAGGGCCUCGAACUCGAAGAUAUCAACUUGAUCUUCGCAAAGGGUGGCUUCACUGGUGGCGUAUUCUCUUCCGGUGGCCGUCCCGUCGUUCCACAUCAACAUGCUCAGGAGACAGAACUCGAGGGCAAGCAGCAGACUGGCAUGAUUGAGGAUGUUCAGCAUCCUUGA